AAAAGAAAAAACAAUACGAUCUUGAUUUUCGAUAACGAAAUGCUUCUAGCCUAAAUAUAUAUCAAAAAAUAUAAACAAAUACGUGACAGAAAAUAUUUAUGAAUAUUCGUAAACGUGAAUAGGUGUGUGAAUUAUCUUUCUUCCAUCAAAACUAAACUAUCAAAAUGGCGUUACGUACCUAUGGAGACAAACCCAUAAGUUUCCAAGUAGAAGAAAAUGGAGAAUACUAUUGUAUCGGAUCGGAAGUCGGCAAUUACCUGCGUCUUUUUCGCGGAUCUUUGUAUAAACGAUAUCCUGGCAUGUUUAGAAGAUCCAUAACCAAUGACGAACGUAAGAAAUUAGUGGAGCUUGGAUUAAGCCAACAUGUUCUGGCAUCUAGCGUCUCGCUAUUGAGAGCUAGCGAGGUAGAGGAUAUUAUAGAAGGCAAUGAUGAUAAGUACAAAGCUGUGUCUGUGCAUUCAACUGAGCCACCUGCACCUAGAGAAGGUAAAUCCAAAAAGUCGAUGGCAUGGGUACCCAGUUUGCCAAACAGUUCACACCUGGAUGCAGUUCCUCAAGCCACGCCAAUAAAUCGUAACAGAGUGCACAAUAAAAAAGUUAGAACAUUUCCAUUAUGUUUCGAUGAUACAGAUCCAUCAGCAAACUUGGAAAAUGCAGCACAACAGGAAAUGCUUGUUCCGAUCCGUUUAGAUAUGGAAAUUGAAGGUCAAAAAUUAAGGGAUACUUUCACUUGGAAUAAAAAUGGUAUGUAUGUAGAAAGUCUUAUAACACCCGAACAGUUCGCCGAAGUACUAUGUGAUGAUUUAGACUUAAAUCCAUUAACGUUUGUUCCUGCAAUUGCGCAAGCAAUAAGGCAACAAAUAGAAGCAUUCCCACAGGAGACAAUUCUAGAAGAUCAAUGCGAUCAGCGAGUAAUAAUCAAGUUAAACAUACAUGUAGGCAAUACAUCUUUAGUAGAUCAAGUAGAAUGGGAUAUGUCUGAGAAAGAGAACAAUCCGGAGAAAUUUGCGAUGAAACUUUGCGCGGAACUCGGUCUUGGCGGAGAAUUUGUCACUGCCAUUGCUUACAGUGUACGCGGGCAGUUGUCGUGGCAUCAGAGAACAUACGCAUUUUCCGAAGCGCCACUUCCAACCGUGGAAGUCCCUUUUAGACCUCCGUCAGAGGCCGAUCAAUGGGCACCAUUCCUGGAAACUUUAACGGAUGCGGAGAUGGAGAAGAAGAUACGCGAUCAGGAUCGAAAUACUCGGCGUAUGCGACGUUUAGCAAACACGACACCUGGCUGGUAAGCCACAUUUAGAAAAAGAAUCCCAAUACAAUCCACAUUUUUUAAUGAAUACUAUUUCAAUUUCUAGUAUAUAUCUCUUGAUAUUUAUAGUGUUAGAAUAAGAGUAACAAUAUAAUUUUUAUUUCAACACCAUUUGCAUCAUAGAAUAUAAAAUAUAUAUAAUAUAGAAACAAUUAUUUGAAAGAAUAAUGGAUGCACAGUUGCAGAAAUACAACAGUAUAAUCAAUGGUGUUUAUGUAUGUAUGCUGCUCAUGGAAUUUACCCUUUAUAUAAAAUGUAAAUCUAAUAGGCUAUCUCUCUAAAUUUUUUAAAUUAAUUUUGGAGUCUAUUUUUCAUGUAUAUUUAUUUGUAUAAAAAAAUCUGAUUUCUUGUUU